AGGAAAGAAAAUCACUGAAUAAACGAAAAAACACACACAGAGCAGAGUGACUGUGUGAGAUUAGUUUUUGAUGAGCGAAAAAUGGCCCAAAUUCCGUACGAAUUGAUCCGAGAAGUCCAGAUCCGUACCCGGGCAGCGGCGGGGCUGCCCGAUUACGACCCGUCGGACCCUACCCUGCCCGCUCUGCCGCCUCUCUCUGCCACGAUAGCCGCCGCCGCCGCCGAUGCGUCGCCGACGGACCGCCGCUGCCGGAAUUGCAAAGCAUUGCUCCUUAGAGGACCGGAGUCCAUCGUCUGCUUGUACUGCGGCAUCGGCCCCCAUUACGACGCCGUUCCGGACCCCAUCCGCUUCACCUCCACUGUUGGGUACCAGUGGCUGCUCCGCUCGCUCCAUCUCGAUGGAUCGGAAUUGGUUGAUCCAACCAGUAAAAUUAACCAAGGUAAAGUUCAAAGCUCGCCUAAAGAUUUAACACCGUUGUCUGCAUUCUUGAACUUUAAGAUACCGUGGCCAGCUGAAAAUGAGAUUAGCUCCGAUAAGAAUUUAGACGAGGGCAAACGAUCCUUGGUUUUGACUGGAGUAGCUCCGGAUAGAUUCUUCUUGAAAUCUAAGAGUAAUGGCGUCUCUGAUACGCCUGUCGAGCAACCAUCUGACGAUAAAUGGGCUGAGGUCGACACUGCAAAAGAUGUUGCAGCUCUUGGCAAUCAAGAUUUGUUUCAAAAUGUUCAAUCAUCCAAGCCAUCUGUCAGCUCUUCCGAGCACACGACUAGCAGAGCUCUUUCUGGAUGGGAGGCGGAUUUUCAAUCUGCUGAUUCGGAAAACCAGCUUGGUGGUCACACGUCAUCUGAGCAUGUCGUAGCUUCCUCAGAAGGUUCUGAAAUUAAAUUUGAUGAUCCGGAAUCCUUUCAGAGUUCCUCGAGUUUGAAUGUUGAUAUUGGUGCUCACCUCGACUCUGUGUUUGGACCUGGAGAAAGUCUGAAUGCUGGGAAACCAAACGACAGUGCUUCCGUUCCUACAGCCGUUGGUGACUGGAAUUCAGAUGAUAUAUGGAAUAAUCUGGGGUCGAGUACGCCCGAUUUGUCUGGUGGAUUUGAUGCUACUUUCAGCACUAAGAUUGAUCCUCAAGAUGACCAUACACUAGACCACUCAAAAGAUCUUUCUACUAGUGUUGAUUUUGAUUUGUUCCAAGACUUCCAGUCGCAAACGAGCUAUGCAGAUGUUACUAAGAAUAAGGCCGCAAAUGAGGAGCAUACAGCAACGGAUGAGGACGUGUUUGAAGACUGGAAUGAUUUUGCGAGCUCAACCAGCUUACAAGCUCCUCCACAAAAUGCCUGGGCUGGUAGUAGCGAUCAUGUCUCGACUUCUGAAAAUAAGCCCGCAGACGGAGGUUUAUUCAGCUUUGAUAAUAAGUUUGAAGGUGACAAGAAUACCCUCGAUACAGAUAUAUUCAGCUUUAACAACAAGUUUGAAGAUGACAAGAAGCCCUUAGAGGGAGAUUUAUUCAGCUUCGACAAUAAGCUUGAACGUGACAACAAGCCCUCAGAGGGAGAUUUAUUCAGCUUCGACAAUAAGUUCGAAGGUGACAAGAAGUCCCCAGAGAGAGAUUUAUUCAGCUUCGACAGUGAUUUUGGAGGAGAUUUUAGCGGCUACUCCCAGCCUAAUCUAUUUUCUACCUCAACCAGCUCUAGCAAUGCUCCUGCAGAAGGCAAAGCUAUGAUGUCAGACGAUCCUGCUUCAAUCUGGUUCAGCGACGUUAGCAGCCCGUCCCUUGAAUCCGUACAAGCUGCAAACAAUGAAGAUGCAUUUGGACAAUCCUCGAAGGAUGGUGUGAAAAUGCUGAUGUCCCAGAUUCACGAUCUCUCCUUCAUGCUUGAGACCGAUCUUUCUAUUCCCUCCGGCUCAGACGACCACAAGCCUGUCUGAAAGAUUGAGAAACUGCAAGAUUCGUGAACUCUUGAACACGUUCGCCAAUUCUGCUGUAUGUUAUCUGGUAUGUUUUUUCGAUUCUGGGGCGGUUUUUAUCCUCGAGUCCCAUCUCGUAUACCAUUCUUUUCAUCGGGAGUUAGAAUUCUUCGCGGUUGUCUUGUGUACCUGUCUCACAUUUGGGAAGAAGUAUGUGAUAUAAUAUGAGCAUUCUCUUCAUUUUUUCUUAUCUAUUCUUUUUAUUUUGCAAGUUUUCCUAUCCUUUUAUCUAUAUCUGAAUCUUUCUUUUCUAGCAGAGUUGGUUACAAUGUAUGAAAGUAUAUGAAAACAUGAUAUACUCCCCCCAUCCCUAAAAAUUAAUUGUAGAAAAAGACAACGCGAGUUUUAAUAGAAGUGGUUGAGUGUAUUGUAAAUGGAGCAAAUGUCUCACUCAAAUGGUAGUGUUAAUAAUGAUAAUUAAUUGUACUGUGAGUGGAUAAAGAGAUCACCAUAUGGUUGAAUACGUAAAUAAGUUGAUAUAUUAAGGUCCUUUCUUCACUCACAAUACCGUUAAUUAUCAGAGUUGCAGAAGAAAAGGUUCGUUGAUUUGGAUGUUAGAUCUGAAAGCCGCAGAGCUGAGGAAAAGGAAGAAGAAAGAAUAAAGGCAUGAGGAAUGAAGAUUAAGAUCUCACGUCGGGUCUGAUUCUAACAAAAAAGUCAGAUACAAAGAUAACGACAAAAGAAUCAUUUUUGGCGGGAAAGCACGACAGACUUGAAAGGACGAAAAUGCUCUUUCCGCGCUCAAUUAUGAAAAACUAUUGUACCCUUCACCUAGGAUUAGUCUAAGCGAGGUGGGAUUUUCAUUUGUAAAGGAGGAAGAAAAUAAUACUACUAUACAAAAACGUUGCCAAAAUCAAAUACAAAACACAAUUCAAUAGAA